AUGUUAAAGACUUAUCUGCGGAAACUCAACUCACUCCCACUGAUCUGCCGCCAUGUUAUUCCCCGGAAAACCAGACUGAUCCAACGGAGAAAAACCGAAGACUGUCCAAUGCUACUUCCGCCUUUAUCUAUAGACAAAUCGGACUCAGACGAAGAGUUAAAUUUUUCGGAGGAUAGCGACACGUUGACCCCAGAGCCAAGACCCCCAGAACUGACAGGGAUAAACGUUUACCUUGCUGCAUGUAAAAAGUACAACCUCGAUCCCAUGUCUGCAUUCCAAAGACAACUCAGUGGUGAAAUAGUAUCUUUAAGGAACCAGAACAUACGUGGAAAAACAGCUAAGGCCAUGGCUUUAGCAUUGGUGGCAAACCACAGUGUGAGCAGUAUUGACCUGGGAGGUAGUGAUCUAGGACAAACUGGCAUCGCGUAUUUAGCAGAGGUUUUAAAUGACAACGCCAACAUUACAGAAAUGAACCUAAGUGGCAGUAAACUGAUGUCACGUGGACUUCAAAUAAUAGCUGAGGUCAUGAGGGAAAACAGAACGCUUCGUUCACUGGAUUUGUCGGAUAAUGGUUUUACAGAAAAAGAUGCCACUUACUUGAAAGAUCUAUUGAAGUCUCGUUGUAUUUUGCGUCAUUUGAACCUGUCCAAGAAUACAUUUGAGGAGAGUGGAGGUGUCCUCAUCGCCCAAGGAUUGGCUGAAAAUACAACACUAAGAGUGCUGAACCUCAGUUGGAACCAUUUGAGAGGAAAGGGAGCGUCUGCCAUUGGUAUCAGUCUAACGACUAACGAUAUGAUAGAAGUCCUAGAUAUUUCAUGGAAUGGUUUUGACAUGUAUGCCUGCCAUAGUCUGGGACAAGGUCUGGACAAGAACUCGUCUCUCCGGGAAUUAGACAUAAGCUCGAAUAGAAUAAGUCCCAGCGGCAUAGCAAAGGUUCUGGAGGGACUCGAACACAACACAACGUUGACAAUCCUAAAGCUUGCAUGCAAUCCGUUGGGUCCAGAGGGAGCUCUGGCGGUGUUGAAAGCUUCAUUGAACUCUCGCAAUAUCUCGGAGUUAGAUUUUGGGAACCAACCGGUGUCAGUGGAAUUUGUAGACCUUUUAACAAAAUUCCAAUUUCACCGGGAUGUUAAAGUUUAUUACGGAAAAGUACUCUGCAAGGUCAAACCGGAAGUAUGUGACGAUACCAUGUAUAUUCCGGGGAACCCCCUUAUGAUACUCUUUGAAUUUAUCAGGAUGAAGAAACUGGACAUCCUUGAUGUGUUUAAAACCCUUGAUGCCGAUAGAGAUCAUUCAAUAACAUGGGGAGAAUUCCGAAUUGGAAUUAAGAAAAGUCAUAUACCCGUGCGAUCCAGAGACCUAGAACAGCUGAUUAGAACAAUGGACCUAAAUAAGGACGGGGAAAUCAGCUUCAGUGAGCUGGUCGUUGCACAAAAGUCGCACAACACUCGAGCAGAGAAAUUAUUGGCCGUAAGUCAGGAUGCGUUCUACGACAGUACCAUUGGACAAAUUCAUCGUGAUCUCCAGACGUUUUGUAACGAUACAAAUGUCUUCCUAAAACGAUAUAAACUACUAGAAUAA